CCCGUGCGCGGGAAACCCCACAGCGGAUAUAGCGCGCUCUCCUUCCGGCCAGCCUCCUUUCGGUCCGCAGCUGCCUCCACGCGAACAUGCCGCUCGCGAAGGACCUCCUGCACCCGUCGCCCGAGGAGGAGAAGCGGAAGCACAAGAAGAAGCGCCUGGUGCAGAGCCCCAACUCCUACUUCAUGGACGUCAAGUGCCCGGGUUGCUACAAAAUCACCACGGUUUUCAGUCACGCCCAGACAGUUGUGUUGUGUGUCGGCUGCUCGACUGUGCUGUGCCAGCCCACUGGUGGAAAGGCAAGGUUGACAGAAGGGUGCUCUUUCCGGCGAAAGCAACAUUAAACACUGGACACUCGGCACAGGAUGAUGGGUGGGACUAUGCGAACAAUGACCCUGAGCUUCCCUGGAGCACCGAUGGAAGGAUAUUAUGCAAUGGAGUUGGGGGACGUGUAGACUUACUUUUGAGGGCUUGCUACCACCGAUGGCUGUGGGAUAGGGUGAACGCCCCCCCUCCCCUCCCUGUGGCUCUGGCCUUGUAGCCUUACCCACUUGAUUUAAUAAACUUUGGAUAUAAAGGCAA